ACAUGACUUAGUUCAUGAAAUGGGCUAUUAGAGCAGGCUGAUCUGAAAGUCCACAGAGCUUUGAGCCCAAUUAUAAAAUCAUACUCGUCAUCCAGCGAAAAAUAUCUCUUCAACUCGAUCACACCAGAAGAACAAAAUUCCCCCGUCUCACAAACCCUAGCGCUCCCUCUCAUUCCUGAUAAAAGAGAAUCCAACUUUUCUUCUGAAAACCCUAAAUCCAUGGCGAAGAAGCGAAAGUUGGUUCGAGCUUCCCAAGCUGUCCAACAGCAACAACCAGAACCAAUCAAGCAAGAGCCGGAGCCCUUACCUGAGCCGGAGCCUGAGCCGCCGACCCAGCCGGAGCCGGAAGCUGCACCAAUGGAAAUCAAGCAGGAAGUCGUUGGAGAGGAGGUCGAAGAAGAAGUAGAGGAAGAAGUCGAAGAAGAGGUGGAAGAAGAGGUCGAGGAAGAAGUGGAGGAGGAUGGGGAAGAGGAGGAAGAUGGGCCAAUUAAAGUUGAACACGCCAACGGCGGAGAAAUUGGAACCAGCGGUGGUGGUUCCGACGCGGAUUUGGACGACGAGCCGUUUGAGAAGCUCGUGGAGCCUUUCUCGAAGGAUCAGCUUGUGGUCUUACUCAAAGAAGGUGUUUCCAAGUAUCCUGAGUUAAUGGCGAGUGUUCGAAAGCUUGCAGAUGCCGACCCUGCUCACAGGAAGAUAUUUGUUCACGGAUUGGGGUGGGAUACUACUGCUGAAACCCUAACGGAUGUGUUUGGGAAAUAUGGUGAGAUUGAGGAUUGCAAGGCCGUUAGUGACAAGGUAACUGGGAAAUCAAAAGGUUAUGGAUUUAUUCUGUUUAAGCAUAGGAGUGGAGCAAAGAAAGCCCUUCUUGAGCCUCAGAAGAGGAUUGGGAAUCGAAUGACAUCUUGCCAACUGGCUUCUGCUGGCCCAGUUCCUGCACCCCCUCCGACGGCAGCACCUCCAGUGUCUGAAUAUACCCAGAGAAAGAUUUUUGUGAGCAAUGUAGCAGCUGAGAUUGAUCCCCAAAAAUUGUUGGAGUUUUUCUCAAGGUUCGGUGAAAUUGAGGAUGGGCCAUUAGGCUUGGAUAAGCUGACUGGAAAGCCAAAGGGCUUUUGCUUGUUUGUUUACAAGCAUGUGGAGAGUGCAAGGAAGGCAUUAGAGGAGCCCCAUAAGAAUUUUGAAGGCCACACCCUGCACUGUCAGAAAGCUAUUGAUGGACCCAAGCCAACUAAGCAGUUUCCUCACCCACAACAACAACAGCAGUCUCAUCAGCAGCACUAUGGCCAUCCUGGGCAUCCUGCAAAGAAAGGGAAGUAUUCUACCGGGAGCAGUGUAGCUACCAGCUCUGCUGGGCAUUUGAUGGCCCCAACUAGUGGUCCGACAAUGGGAUAUAAUCCAGCCAUUGGUGCUGCCCCCCCUGCAGCAUUGACUCCAGCCCUUGGGCAGGCUUUAACAGCCUUACUUGCUACACAGGGUGCUGGGUUGGGGAUCGGUAACUUGCUUGGAGGACUUGGAGCACCAGUGAAUCCAGGAAUGCCGCAUGUAGGGUAUGGUCAGAGUGCUGGUCCAUAUGGAGCUCAACCAGCGAUUCAGGGAGGGUACCCGAACCCACAGAUGCCUCAGGGUGUGAGACCUCAGCAAGGUGGUGCACCUUACAUGGGUCAUGGACAUUAGAUUCCUUCAUAAAUGCAACAAACUUUUAAUUUGGACUGCUGAUUCUUCUGAGGUUCCAGGCUGUCUUCCAAAUGAAGUCUUUCUAUUGUUGCAAAAGAUAUUUGCUUAAAGAUCGGAUUUCAACAUGUAUUUUCCUAGCAAGUACCUUUGCCCUUUUAAAGCUUUCAAAAGUUUGUAGUACUUUGUUUCAAUGAACUUUUAAAUGUUGAGCAGCAAGUAGACUAUUUCUUAACAUCUGGAUUUGAAGAUUGUGUACUGUUAAAAACUACUCAUCUUUUUUAUUCUUUUUCUUAAGUCAUCUCUAUUUUAGUUUUACGUGCUUUGUAUUUAAAUGUGAAAUAUCAUCUGAACUUGUACGAGCUGCUCACCAUUGAUCCCAGAAUGGGUGUUUCACGAAAAUUAUUUUCCACUUGACAUGCCAUUUCCUUGGCUGUUGUGUGCAUCUGGCUUUAGUGAGUUUGCUUCAUUGUAUCGUGAAGGAAUUCUUGUAAUUUGAAUGGUAACACUACUUUGGAUUGUGGCACAACCGGUUUCUGUUGCAGCCUUGCAGGUUCUUGCCUUGUCAUCUCAGUUUAUGGUGGCCUGAUGGCGCUGCUCCUGUUAACUUGUAUUUUUAGGUUUGCAGUUGUUGAUUUACUUCAUUUUUAUGUUGGUAGAAUUCCCUCCCAAACCACCCACACGCACCUGGGCUCACAUCCUCAUUUUUUUCAGUGUCCGGUGUAUUUUUUAAUCCAUUAGCAUUUAGCUUCAUCCUUUUGCAGCUAAAUUUCAUUUUUGCCAGCCUGUUUCAAGUUUUAACCUAGGAUUAAGGAUCAUUUUACCCAGAAUAAUAAUCCCAUAACAGCUCCAGUGCUGCCUUUAAUUGCCUUUAUUGGACACAAUCAGAUUCUCAAAAGUGUGUAGUUUAGUUAAGAAAACUGUGUAUUGGUCAGAGUUGGGAACGAGUUAGAUAGUAACAACCCUUGGCACAACAAAGGGAGGUUCAUAAAGAACAAUCCUUGAUUAUGUUAUAAUAAGAAGCUCGUUAUUUUUAUCCUUUUUUUGUUUUUUGUGGAAAGAAAUUGAGCGGCAACUAUCAAGGCUUAUUACGAGCUUUUCAGUGUUACAAUUGCAGAUAAUCUCUCUCUCUCUCUCUCUCUCUCUCUCUCUCUUUUUGGGUAACAUAAUCUCUUUUUCAUAGUAGAGGAAGUAAUUGAUUCUCUACGAUAUUGUAUUUUAUGCUGAAUUGUUCUGAGUUUAAACAUACGGAUUAUUAUAGGGCAUCCCCAAAGAGAACUUUUUAUUUUUUGUUUGUAGGGUUUUUUUUUUUGGUAGUUUUUGUCUACAUAAAUAUUAAAUUAAAUUAUAUUUUACUACUCUCAAAAUUUUACACUCUCCAAAAAGUUCAGUUUAUAUUCUUGAACUAGUUAUGCAUAAGGUAAUUUAUAAACUGUCUCGUUUACAAAUGGGUGGUUAACUAUCAUUAUUCAGUUAAUAAAUCAACUCGAAUGGGUGAUAUAUAUAUAUAUAUAUAUAUAUAUAUAUAUAUAUAUUUUGGGAUGAUGUUUCACUGUUGGAGUAAAUGUCCAUGACGAAAUGUGAUCUGGGGUGAACCAUGUGAAGAGGAAAUCAAGAGCAAAUAAAAUAAGGGUAGAGGAUAACAACUUUUUCGAAAAUGUAAAACAAAGAAUUUGUUGACUUACAUUACAUUAUUCGUUAAGACAUUCAACAUAUCACUCAUUAACCACGUGUGCUGAGUAAUAACCAGUGAAAUGUGUUCGAGUUCAAGGUCACUGUCCGGAUUAAGCAGACUUAAAUUGACCAUUUUUAGCUCAAACUUCUUAAUUUGUGGGUACAACUGAAGGAACUGUAAUCAACAAAUGAACGUUGAAAAGAAAAUCUGCAAACAUCCAUCAAGAUCACAUCUUUUGCUACAAUAUCUGCCAUUGAAAAAAUAUGAAUCGAUGGAUCAUAGAACUAAAAUCUUCCCAAAAUGCGCAGUCCACAGCUAGAGAGCGGUUCAAGCAUUUGAUGUGAAGUUGAAGUUGGAACAAGUGGUUUGCUGAAACAGCAGAGUCGAGCUAAAACCAAGCCUGGAUCUUGCAAUAUCGAACUGCAGAAGAUUGUCCUCAAUCUGGCGUCUCCCAAUCACAAUAGAAGUUCUUGGAUUCAAACCCCCAUCCACAAAUCCAAGACAAAGGACAUUCUUCUUCACUUGCACGUACGAAUUCGACCCGAAAAUCCUCCAAAACACAGACGGAUUCUGGAGAACCAAGUCAAUCACUGGAGCUGGAGGACCAACUCGUGUACUUCCCAAGCUUGUGGAAUUGAAACACACCUCAAAAGGCGCUACUUUCGGCACUCUAGGAACACCAGAGAAAGCUUGAGCAAACGCUUUUGUUAAGGCUUUGUAGAUUGAGGUUUCCAGGACAGUGUAAGGAACAACAGUACUGAUCUUUGUUCCACCAUUUCCUUCACUGUCGAUUUUCAACAACGUUGAGUUAAUCGAAAGGGUCUUCUCCCCAACUUUAAUUGAUUUCACCCCAAUGAAGUAUUCAACAGAUUUCUCCCCCUGAAAGAAAGAUCCAGCAGUGCUAACAGGGUUGAUGAAAAGUGGUGUGUAUGUCAGAUUCUUCGACACGUCUCUGCCGGGGAGGAAAACGUACGGACUUUCCCCGAAGAAAAUCACGCCGUUUGAUCCCGGACAAAUGGCGAAUUUCCUCGGAAAACUAAAGGCGGCGGCUAAUUGCGACGGCAGCCCAAUCGGACCUCUGCCUAAUCCGGCCAUCCCUUUCACCCGUUUUGCAAGACCCUCCAAUAGGAAAGUCGAUCCACAAGUGAAGACCACCCUCGGGGCCGAAACAACCCGACCCGGAUUCAUCCCGUCGGUGGAUUGGACGGCGACGACGUCGGUGGCUAGUUCGCCGAUCGUGCUUGUUCUGGUUACAGAGUUGUCCGGGAACAGGGAACAGGUGUUAUUAUUGCAUCCGGGUUUCGGGCCAUCGUUGCAUUCGCCGCAGGCUUUUGAGUUGGCCAGGUUGCAUACUGCAGAGCGGCAUUUGGCCGGUCUGUAAGACGAGCUUUUGUAGUUUUGCUCGCAAUCGACCCAUAAGAACUGGCCGCCGAGAUCGACGGUGAGUUUGAGUGGGACGAGAGGUGUUCUUUGGCUUAACUGAGUCAUGUAUUGGCCGGUAGCUGAGUCUUGGGUUAAUGGUAAGACCAGAGCUUUUGGUCUGAAAGAAGAGGUGGGCGUUUUCUGGGCAAUGGCAAUGGAUGGAGUGAAGAUCAGUCCGAUCAGGAGGAAGAAAUGUAGUGGAAAUGUGGAAAAGACUGCCAUUUUUUUUUAGUUCAAAAGAAAUGGAAUUUGCCAAUUUGGUGGGUUUUUGUGGACUUGAUUUAUAGUGUGUGUUCAAAUGAAGAUGCUUUGUCAACGUUCAUUAAUUUGAUUUGGAUAAGUUUAUAUUAAUUUCUGUUUCCCGACGCCUUUCUCUCCCCACUUUUUGUUUUUUUUUUU